AUGAUUAACACGUCGGAUAUGAUUGUCAUGAAUCCGUUGAACGCAUUGUUGACUCUAUACAAAAGUGGCCGCAAUUUGCGGACAAAUGUCAUAAUAGACGAGACGUUUCUAUUCCGGGGCGGCUUAUGGCCCAUCACUGCAAUACUCGUCGCAUACCUACUAUUCUCGCUGGUGUUGGGACCGAAACUGAUGGCCAAUCGGAAACCCUAUCAACUGCGAGGACCCAUAUUUGCGUACAACAUAUUUAUGGUCGUAUUGAAUGUGUACUUCUUCUUCGAGUCCAUACAGGCCUAUGAGUUCGGCAGAGCUCUCAUGAACUUCGAGUACCCGCCGAACGACACCAAAGACCUGUCCGCUCAGGAGAUGCGGCGCUUGACAUUCGUCUACUGGUAUUUCAUCUCAAAGAUCAUAGACCUGAUGGACACCGUGUUCUUCGUGCUGCGCAAGAAGUGGUCACAGGUGUCGCCCCUUCACCUCUACCACCACUCGUCUGUCCCUCUCUGUGUUUGGUUAGCCGUGAAGUUCGCGCCGACGGCCGGCGUUAACGGCAUAUUCCCGAUACUGAACUCCGCGGUACACGUCUUGAUGUACACCUAUUACGCUCUGUCGGCGUUCGGGCCGUCCGUCCAGAAGUACUUGUGGUGGAAGCGCUACAUAACGCAAGUGCAACUGAUCCAGUUCAUGGUGUUCUUCGUGUACGGCACGACAUACCUAUUCAAACAGACCGGUUGGCCAACGAUACUCAUCUGCACGUCUGUCGCACAGCCGCCUCUGUAUCUCAUUUUGUUCACGUCUUUCUAUUUAAACACUUAUUGUAAUACAAAAUCAAUGCCCAAAUCCACGCCAUCCGCUGUCAGCCCCCAAACCCCACGCCAAACAUUGAAAAAACUAAAUUAG